AUGUAUGAGUUCACUCUCUUCAUACUGAUUACAAUCGUUUAUCUCAAUACCAACUACGACAUCAAGAGCCAUGGCGACUAUGACCGGGUCCGCAACUCGGUGUACAACAUGCUCCGGGAAUAUAAAGCUGCUCGUUUGACCAUUCCCACCAUGAAACAUGACUGUGCAUUUGAUAAUGUGCCAGAGGCUGAAGCUGUGCGUGAUGAACCAUCAAGUCUAGCUUCAGCAGCUAGAAAAAACAAGGAUCGAGUGAUUCAAGAUAGGAAAAGGGUUGGAGGUAAAUGCGAUAUUAUAAUUCGUUCUGUUGUUUGCAACCACUCUACCUCCAAAGAGUAUGGUGCUGGUGAAACGGGAUCCAUUGUCGAUUUGGAUGGCACCAAGAUGUUGAAGGAAAGUGGUAUAAAAUUGCCAAAGGUGAUGAGGGAUACGUUCAAUAGUUUACAAUCCAGGAUUGACUACGCAAAACUUGGUGACCUACUAAUCGUCGGCUACUUGCACUACGGCUUGUCUUGUUCACUUCUUCUCAUGGAUUCACCGGCGUGCUCGUAUGUAACUCGUCUGUCAAAAUGCCCCACCGCGAACCAAGGUGGAACGACAUAUGCAUUGGAAACUUCCAAGGAUGUAUGUGGGUUUGAUGCAGCUUUCCUGCCUGCCCUUGUAAUGGCAUGGAAAGCUAAGGAAGCUGUGAAGGCCAUGGUCGAGCUUCUGGCCCAUCAUAUGGGAAAUGAUCGCCAAGAUUCUUCUUGGCUGGAACAAGGAUUUGAACAAAAAAAUGUUUGAUUAUGCCCUCCUGCUCAACAUCCACAGAUGCUAGGUCAUCAAAAAAAUUGCGACCCACGAAUAAUGCCCCAGUUUAAGUUUUUUUUUU